CACAAAGAAAAGGAAAGUUUUAAUUCUGAGCAACUUCACCACUGAGAAGCAUUUUUUUUUUUUUGACCUUCUAAAAAUAGAGAGGAAAUGAGCCUCUUUGGGUCACUCUAGUCGCCGCCUAUCCCUGCCCCAUGCCCGCCCCCACUGCCCACUCAAGGCCAGCCUCUCACAGUGGGCGAUUGAGUGUCUUCAGUGGAAGCCUGAGGCAGAUGCCACGCAAUUCUGGAGCUGGAUACGGCUGCCCCCACGGGGACCCCAGCAUGCUGGACAGCAGAGACACCCCGCAGGAGAGCCGGCAGGACACAAGUGUGGGGACCUCCCAAGAAAAAUCGAAAACCAGGGCCCUCCACCAACCCAGCUCACUGACUGACGGGCAGCCACUCUCCAAAGAGUCCCUGAACCAUGCUCUCGAGUUUUCAGUGCCAGAGAAGGUACCCAAGGCCCAGUGGGACACUCCAGAGGAGGCGCUGUGGACGACUCGGGCUGAUGGGCAGGUACGCCUGCGCAUAGACCCCAGCUGCCCACAAUUUCCCUACACUGUGCAUCGGAUGUUCUACGAGGCCCUGGACAAGUACGGGGACCUCAGCGCUCUGGGCUUCAAGCGCCAGGACAAGUGGGAGCACAUCUCCUACUCCCAGUACUAUCUGCUCGCCCGCAGAGCCGCCAAGGGCUUCCUGAAGCUCGGCCUGGAGCGGGCCCACAGCGUGGCCAUCCUCGGCUUCAACUCCCCGGAGUGGUUCUUCUCGGCAGUGGGCGCAGUGUUCGCAGGUGGCAUCAUCACUGGCAUCUACACCACCAGCUCCCCUGAGGCCUGCCAGUACAUCGCCCACGACUGCCGCGCCAACGUCAUUGUGGUGGACACGCAGAAGCAGCUGGAAAAGAUCCUGAAGAUCUGGAAACAGCUGCCACAUCUAAAGGCAGUUGUGAUAUACAAAGAACCUCCUCCAAACAAGAUGACCCAUGUGUACACGAUGGAGGAGUUCAUGGAGCUGGGGAAUGAAGUGCCUGAGGAAGCCCUGGACGCCAUCAUCGACGCCCAGCAGCCCAACCAGUGCUGUGUGCUGGUCUAUACAUCAGGCACCACUGGGAACCCCAAGGGCGUGAUGCUGAGUCAAGACAAUAUCACGUGGACGGCGCGGUACGGGAGCCAGGCCGGCGACAUCCAGCCAGCAGAAGUGCAGCAGGAGGUAGUGGUCAGCUACCUGCCCCUCAGCCACAUUGCUGCCCAGAUCUACGACCUGUGGACGGGCAUCCAGUGGGGGGCCCAGGUCUGCUUUGCCGAACCCGACGCCCUGAAGGGGAGCCUGGUGAACACGUUGCGGGAGGUGGAGCCCACGUCGCACAUGGGGGUGCCCCGGGUGUGGGAGAAGAUCAUGGAGCGCAUCCAGGAGGCAGCGGCUCAGUCUGGCUUCAUCCGGCGCAAGAUGCUGCUGUGGGCCAUGUCGGUGACCUUGGAGCAGAACCUCACCUGCGCUGGCAGCGACCUGAAGCCCUUCACAACCAGACUGGCAGAUUACCUGGUGCUAGCCAAGGUCCGCCAGGCACUGGGCUUUGCCAAGUGUCAGAAGAACUUCUAUGGAGCGGCCCCCAUGACGGCAGAGACACAGCACUUCUUCCUGGGCCUCAACAUCCGCUUGUAUGCGGGCUAUGGCCUCAGUGAGACCUCAGGCCCCCACUUCAUGUCCAGCCCGUAUAACUACCGGCUGUACAGCUCAGGCAAGGUGGUGCCCGGCUGUCGGGUGAAGCUGGUGAACCAGGAUGCAGAGGGCAUUGGUGAGAUCUGCCUGUGGGGCCGCACUAUCUUCAUGGGCUACCUGAACAUGGAGGACAAGACGUGUGAAGCCAUCGAUGAAGAAGGCUGGCUGCACACGGGUGACGCUGGCCGCCUGGAUGCUGACGGCUUCCUCUAUAUCACUGGGCGCCUCAAAGAAUUAAUCAUCACAGCUGGUGGGGAGAAUGUGCCCCCUUUGCCCAUCGAGGAGGCCGUGAAGAUGGAGCUGCCCAUCAUCAGCAACGCCAUGCUGAUCGGGGACCAGAGAAAGUUCCUGUCCAUGCUGCUCACCUUGAAGUGCGCUCUGGACCCAGAGACCUCUGACCCAACUGAUAAUCUGACCGAACAAGCUGUGGAGUUCUGCCAGCGGGUGGGCAGCAGAGCCACCACAGUGUCCGAGAUCGUGGGGAAGAAGGAUGAGGCCGUGUACCAGGCCAUUGAAGAGGGGAUCCGGAGGGUCAACACAAACGCGGCAGCCCGGCCCUACCACAUCCAGAAGUGGGCGAUUCUCGAGAGAGACUUCUCCAUUUCGGGUGGAGAGCUGGGUCCCACAAUGAAACUGAAACGGCUCACGGUUUUGGAGAAGUACAAAGAUAUCAUUGACUCCUUUUACCAAGAGCAAAAAAUGUAAUCGAGGGCCGCGCUCGCAGUUUCUACAGAAUAGAGGGCAGGCCUUCCGAGCGUCUUCCUGAGCCCCAGGUCUCCUCAGUCUGGCGCAGGCAUUUCUGGCCAGUCUGUUAGAUCUCCAGGUCAGGGCACAACGCCAGCUCUUCAUUUACCAGGUCUUAGACCAGUAAUAGCUGACAAUUCCGAGAAGCUUCAUAUGUGGGUAGUUUUAAUUCCAUUUCAGUAUUGCUUUGUGCUCAGGUGACAAGUGAGAUCAGCUCUCCUUCUAGAACGAAAGGGCUGAUCAUUUUUGGCCUUAGUUCCAGGUAGAUUAACCAGCUGCUAGUUCACAGACAAGACAGCCGGCAGCAGGCUGUGGAGCCGGCGGGAGGGAGAUGGCUGAAACUGCUCUUGUGCGCCACAGGGAAAGCAAUCACUUACAACUCACCUAGCGACCUGACUUCCUCUGGAAUCACGGUGGACACUGCAGACCCUGUUAUUCCACUACCCGGCACUCCUCCGCCACACACAUGCCAACUGACUGGAUGCUUAAUAAAAAUGCUGCUGCCUGUUUGACCCUAUUUAAUGUGUAAUUUGAAUAUUAAACCUUUUAACAGAACUGUCAACAAGGACCCGAUUUUUUUGUUAAUUGAGUAGGUGGGACCAGUGCAGGCAGUCAUGGGCAUUAAACUCACAGGACUGUGGACAGCAGACGUGAGUGACCACUGGUGCCCUGGAAUAAACAAAGGUGCAGGAUGGGGUUAAGUGGAGCAUUCUCGUAAAAGCAGCCAACUCUACGUUAGCCUGUCACCACCAGCCUACCCCACUUCCACUCUGAAUACGGGAAGCAGCCGUUCUCGGUAGCAAGCUGAGCCAACAUGACUGAAGGCCUCUGAUGGGAAACAGGUGGAGAAAGCAAACAUCUCAAUCAGUUUUGGAAUCUUUAUUACUUUGAACCCAAGAGCCACUGAUAACUAGCACAAUCCAAUGAAACCAAGGAAGCAGCAGCUUAAACAAAGGAAAAUACAUUUAAGAUUAUAAGUCUGGUUACAAGCUUAAAAAAUGACCCAGACAGGGAUAUCGUUGCUAAAAAAAAA